AUGCCCAAUGGAGAGCAGGAGCAGGAGCGGGAGGGAGAGGUGAGCGGAGGCGAUAGCGGCGACUGGCAAUCUGAUGGGGGAGAAGACGAGGAGAGUGACGAGUCAAGCAGUGGUGAGGAAGUCGACUCACCGCCUCGCAUUGAAAGACAUUCUAAGCAUACGCAUGACCCAGCAAGUGUCUGUAGCAAAGCGACUGCACCGACUGGACAGUCUUCAAAGCGCAUUCGGACAUCUUCUCCUGUGCCGACUGAGAAGGCUCCGAAGCAGCCCAAAGUUGCGCCAUCAAAGCCCCGGAAGGCCUUUCCCAAGAUCAAGGUUGACGUUCCCGUUGCCUCUGCUGCUGCUACCUCUAGGACUUCUAUUUAUAAGGAUGGUGAUGAUGAGGAGAUGGAAGACGCGGUCACAUCCAAAGCGGCUCCGCAAAAUGUUAUUGAACUUCCAGACGAUGACGAAGAUGUGCCACAGAAACCCACGGGAAGGAGGGGUAGGACCUCGGGUAGGAGGGCACCAGCUAGCAAGACGCCCCAGUCGACGCCGGGGACAGAACCAGCGAUCCAGCAGUCCGGAGACCUCAACCAAACUUCUAUUCUCAAGCUGUUGCGGCUGAUCCACCGUCUCCACUUUUCACCACCCAUCAUGUCCCAGGACCAAGUGAGCGCUGCCAAGGAAGCCAUACGCCAGGCAGGCCUUAUGAUGGAGCAGAUGAAAGUGGUGCGCGAGGCCAGUCAGGCUGCCUAUAACGCCAGCUCAGCACUCCAGGCCAAUGUCCAGAAAUCUUGUGAACUUGGAGCCCGGUUUGCUGACUUGGAGCAGAAGCAGAUCCAGCGCAAUCUUGAUCUAGAGUUGGCCAAGGAGAACUUGCAGGAGGCUAAGGAUGAUGUUGCUGAAAAAAUGAAGCAGGCUCAGGAUCAGAAGGACCUUGAUCUUGCCGCAGCGCAGAAAACGGUGCAAGAGAAAACUGCACUUGCCGACAAGAAGCUGGCUUCAGUCAGGAUGUUAGAAGAAGAAAAUACCAAGCUGAAGACUGCUCUUGACGAAGCUAACAAGGAGGUGACGUGA